UCCGAUGUGAAGGUGUCGCUCUUUAAAUGAUGCUCACACACUCGCUUCUGUUCAUUAUUCUGUCUCUGAAGGAUCAUCAACGCGUUUAAUAAUCUCAUCUGAUCAGGAGCGGAUUCGGUUCCAGAUAACUUUGAUCUUGUAUAAAGAUGUUGCCUUUAUAUUCUCUUGUGUUUCUGCUGUGCACCGUCAGUGCUGGUCCAGUUCUGUUGGAGGAGAGUUCGGGGUGUCUCUCCAGACUCAAACAGCUUCAUGAUGGGCAGCAGGUGACCGUCCACAUGCCCCCGAACAUCACAGGACACUGGGUGUCCAACAGCUGUGAGGUGAGACCGGGCCCAGAGUUCCUCACUCGCUCGUAUCGCUUCUACUCAAACGACACCUUCGAGGCGCUGCAGUUCUAUUACCAGGACAACCACUGCACCGAUCCCAGCUUCACCCUCCUGAUCCAGGGCAGCAUCCGCCCACGCCAGGCCUCAUGGGCGAUCCGCGGGGGCACAGAGUCCGAGUACCACCUGACCCACGUUCAACUGCUGUGUCACGGGCCGGCGGUGGCAUCACAUGUCCAGCUGCGACUAGAGACGGCCUGUGACCCCCGGCACCCGCUGCAGCCGGGCCUGACCUACGAGCUGUGGGACGAGGAGUGGGCGUCGCCGGGUCGUGACUGCACCCGUGGCUUAGACUUCAGCAUGCAGGAACUGCAGCUCAUGCGGCUGGAGAGGCGCUAUCACCAUGGCGACCCCAGCAGACAAGCGGAGGAGCUGUUCCUAGGAGACGUUCACACGGAGCGCGCUCAGAGGAGACUCCACCAGCCCUCUGGCUACCAGACCCCCCUACAGAGUGCCAAGCUCGAUGAGCGUCGCUGUGGAAUCUGUCGAAUUAUCGCUUUGGCCGAUCUUCAUCAUCCACCUGUCUUGCCAUCCCAGAGGAACCGUCCUGUGCAUCUCCAUGGAAACUGGGUGAGCACGCGGUGCGAAGUGCGCCAGGGGGUCCUCUUCCUCACCCGACAUCUGACAUUCCACGAGGACAGGAACAUCUGGGAAGGACAGUACAAGCAUUUCUCUGAUCCCGUCUGUCGACACCCGACCUUCGGCAUCACAGUCAGCGGACGAUACAGUCGAGGAGUUCCUUCAAACACAGUCAUGGGUGGCAUAGAGUUCACCUUCACAGUGACCCACAUGAAGGUGACGCCCAUGGACGUGGCCACCACGACCCUCCUGAACAUCUUCAGUGGGCAUAAGUGCGGCACGGAGGGUUCCUGGAAGCUGGGCGUCUCGCAGGACGUGACCUCCACCUCUGGAUGUGCCGCGCUGGGCAUCCGUCUGCCACACACGGAAUACGAGCUCUUCAGCACGGGUCAAGACUCUGAAGGACACGGUCUUCUAUAUAACGGCCAGAGACCGACCAACGGCUCGAGUCCAGACCGACCGCACAGGCGCGCCACGUCCUACCAGCCGCCGCUGAUACGCUGCACCACCGGGCACAAGGGGAAGCCACGCGUGGGACAGGAGGGAGACCAAUAUUUCAGACUCGGCAACGGAUGCAACACGGAAGAGUUCAGAGGCUUGUUCGACAUCAGCUUAUUGCUCAUAUUAGUCAGUUUAAUGUAG